GCGGGGCCAUGGCGAGCGGCACGCUGCAGCUGCGCGCGCUGCUCUACGCGGUGCUGCCGCGCGAGAGCUCCUUCCGCACGCUGCACGAGGUGCCCGACUACGUGGAGAAGAGUAUUCCAUUCUUCAUUGGUUUUAUAGCACUGGAGUUUGCUGUCAGUUGGGUUCAGAGGCGGAAGCUGGCAGGUCGGAUCAAUGAUGGCAUAAGUUCUCUGUCUUUAGGGAUCCUGUCUCGACUGCCAGAUGUUCUAUUCCGAAGCAUCGACUUAAUUAGCUAUGUCUAUGUAUGGGAUAACUACAGGCUCUUUGAACUGCCCUGGCAUUCUCCGUGGACGUGGUAUUUGACUUUCCUGGGGGUGGAUUUUGCAUACUACUGGUUUCAUCGCAUAAGCCAUG